AUUUCGUUACUUGAACUAUGGAACUCUUUUUUGAUAAAGCACGUAUGUACAUAUACUCGAACGCACCAAGAGCUAAUUCAGUUCCGAGAAACAUAUUAUAGUAGGUACUAGACUACUGAAGUCAUUUUAACCAUGAAUAACCCAGAAUUAUACGACAAAACUGGCAAAAUUUUAGAUGUUCAUAUGGAGUGUGUUAUAAAAGAUUAUUUAGGACAUUUUUCAAGAAAUGGGACGAAGCAAAAACUUGCUUUAGAUUUAGGGUCCGGUCCCGGUUGGUUUUCUUAUAAAUAUUUGUAUCAAAUGUUUAGCAGCGACAUAAAAAAAAUGAUUGGCGUUGAUCAAUCGGAGAACAUGGUGAAGUACGCAAAUGACCACUACGGAUGCGAAGCAAUUACGUUUCGAAAGUUUAACUUUUUAACCGAUCAGAUCCCUUCAGAUUUUCAAGAACGAUUCGAUUACGUAUUCUCGUUUUGGGCCUUACAGUACCUCAGUGAUUAUACGUAUGGAUUUGGCAGAAUACUACAAAUGAUGAAAUCGGGUGGGGAUGCCUUGUUGGUGUUUCCAGCCAGUUGCCAAUUUUUUGACAUGUACAAAGUGGUUUGGACAAGCCCAAAAUGGUCGAAAUUUAUCGAGAAAGACGACAUAAUGGAUGUUCCUUUUCAAAAUUGUGAAAAUCGGGAAGAAACACUGCGAGAAUAUUUGUGUCCACUUGGUUUCCACACAAUGGUUUCCGAAAUAAGAGAAUUCAGCCUAUAUUUUUGUGAGGAAACAGCCAAAGGUUGUUUAUGGGCGUGCCUUCCUGUCCUUGACAAGAUACCUAAGGGUUUGCGCAGUGAGUUUGUAGAAGAUCACAUGAAAGAAUGGACCCCACGAAGGAAUGCAGAUAAUGAACAAAUCCAAUACGUUAUUGAUUAUAGGCUGUUUGUAAUUUACGCUAAAAAAUAGUCAACAAAUAAUAUCAGUAUCACUGUUACUUUCCGCGUCAAAAUGUCCCAAUUUGCAGAUUAGGGACUGUUUAGUAUUAAGUCAAACAUUUCGUUGAUUAUAGUAUUACGACAUAGAUUGUAAUUGCUUAUGCUUUAGAGUUUAGAGUUUAGAAUGUAAAGAAACACAGACUCAAAUCCUUAUUAUGUAGGGCCGUUAGUAUAUAACAAGCUACCAGAAUAUGUAAAAACCCUAACUACUAGCAAAUUUGUGUGCGAGGUUAAAAAAAUACUUUUAAAAAACGCUUUUUAUUCCGUCCAAGAUUAUUUAAAUUUUAAACAUUAAUGUAGGUAAAUGUGUUGCUUUUUAAAUUGUUUUUAAUGUGUUAUGUUACAUAUGUUUGUUUUAUACGACUUCCCUUAUAUCCAAAUCUUGUAAUCAACUAGACCAAAUAUAUAUUAUUAUUAUUAUUAUUA